GGUCGUGGCAUCUCGAACGUGAUGAAAAGCUAUUCUCCAUCAUUCGGUAUCGAACGGUAUCAAUGACCAGUUUGCAGAACUGACUACGGACGAGUGUUAUGGUUUUUCCAUGGUGUGUAAUCCGUUUGUUGUAAAAGUGAGGAAAAUCUGUUUUGCAGAUUAAACGAAACGUUGAAUAGAAAAUUUUCGAGCUGAAAAAUUGUUAUUGAUUCGCGCGAUAUGGUGUGAUACGUAAAGCAUUCGGUACGGGAUCUAUAAAGUGAAAAUAAAACAAACCAAGGAGAGUCCCUGGAGUGCGAGUAGAAUAGUUAAUUGUGAUAGUCAGAGGAAAAAUAUAUUGAUUUGCUGAAUCAGUGUGCGGAAAAGCAGCACCAGGGUUUGGCUGAAAGUCCGAUCAGGAGCGUUGGUGCAUUUCCUGACAGCUGGAUUUUGCGAUAAGUGUCCACAGUGAAAGAAAUAAUUCCGGUCGAAUAAGCGCUUUCAAGCAAGGAUCAGCAAGAUGGGCGACCACGGCCCGGAUAUGAGCACACUGGAAACUGAUUAUGUCGUUCUAAUUUCAGUGGUACCAGCUGUUCUGGGCUUGACGGCGGCUGCCAUUCUUGCAGUGACCGCUUGCUUCUGUGCCCGGCGGAUUCGGCGCCAGAAGAAGAAGGCCGGCCACGAGGUCUCUUCGUUGCCAUUCCAACCUCCGAGACCACCGAGGGCCGUUCGCUCCCCAAGCGGGCAACCCCCACAGUAUCUAAAGAAAUCCCCCUCCCCAACGGGUAUCAAGCCCCCACCGGGAGGCCACCUGCCGGCACAGUCACCUACCGAACAGAGUUGCAUUCCAACAAACACAACAGCCCCCAUAACGACGACCACCACCAAAUACAGCGAGGAAAAUGAACUGACACCGAAGAAGGUGCAACUCGAACCAAAAUCGCCCGACGUCGAUAAUGUGGACGGCAACGAUAACGAAACGGAGUACGGCAAGCUGGGUGCCAUUGUCUUUAAGCUCCGAUAUUUGGCCGACCGUAGUGCGUUGGUAGUGUCCGUAGUCCGGUGCCGUGGACUGCCGGGGAAAAACCAUGGGUCUACCACAACCGAUUUGACCGCUCUGCCCGCUGGUCCUUUGUGCAACGGAAAUGGAAAUGUGAAGCAAUCCGCAACCGAUCCGUACGUCAAGCUGCAACUGCUUCCGGAUAAACAACACAAGGUUAAAACCAGAGUGGUUCGCAACACGCGCAAUCCGGUAUAUGACGAGGAUUUCACCUUCUACGGUUUGAGCCUGAGUGAACUGGCCGGGAUGUCGCUGCAUUUUGUUGUCCUCAGUUUCGACCGAUACAGCCGGGAUGACGUUAUUGGAGAGGUGGUCUGUCCACUCAGUGGAAUCGACUUGCAGCAGAUCGAGAACCAACAAGUGGCCCUAAGCCGAGAAAUACAACCCCGCAGCUUAAAGAUCCGUGCUCAAGGACGUGGCGAAUUGUUGAUUUCACUGUGCUGGCAACCGGCUGCAGCUCGACUGACGGUAGUUCUUCUGAAAGCGCGCAACCUUCCUCGGAUGGAUGUGACUGGCUUGGCUGAUCCGUACGUGAAAAUCUAUUUACUGUACAACGGGCAGAGAAUCGCCAAGAAGAAGACACACGUCAAGAAACGAACAUUGAGCCCGGUGUUCAACGAAAGUUUUGCGUUUGACAUCCCAUCGACCGAAGGAGCUGGCGCUACACUGGAGGGCGUUUCCCUGGAACUGAUGCUGCUGGAUUGGGACCGUGUUACGAAGAACGAGGUUAUCGGUCGCCUGGAGCUGGGAGGACCGAGAAGUACCGGAUCAGCGCUGAACCAUUGGAAGGAGGUGUGCAAUUCUCCUCGCAGGCAGAUUGCGGACUGGCACAAGCUGAGAGAGUAAGCGGGGUACGCAAAGUUUCAGUUGAAGUUGUACAAACUCCCACUGAACGGUGGGAUAUAAAAAUAAUUCGGCAUAGGUUAGUUAGCUUUAGUUUGUCACUCAAUUCUUCACUUUAUUCCAUAGGAAUGAACUGAUGUUGCUUCAACACUGAGUUAGAAAUACAAAUUUGGAAAAUCUGACUGUUAUUGUGCUACUGGGAAAAAAUGAUUAGCCUUUAUAGUUUGUUACUAACUGAUAAGAAAAGUGAUGACUUGAAUAAAUCAUAGAGAUUUGUAUAUUGGCAACAUGAAGUGGAAAUAGUUUCUAUACCACUAUAUAAAAAUUUAACCACAGAAUUAUAAUGUAACGAGAGACUCAAAGUCAUUGGAUAAGUAUUCAUAAUACAGAAGAUACAAUGAUGAACAUACUAUAGUUCAGAAUGAGAGAAAAAAAAUUAACAAUGUGUUAAAAAGAAUACAUUCCACGUAAUUAUAGUAAAUGCUUCAAUAGAGAGUAAUAUUAGAUGCAAAUGAACACCACCACUUUUCACGCGUGUUGCCUCUCAAAGCUGAAAAGUACAUUUUUGAACUAAUGAAACGAUAAAGAGGAAAAUUACUUGAAUGUGCCAGCUCAUAAGAAUCGAAACAGUAAAUGCUAGCAUAUAAAGACAGAAAUGAAAAGAAAACAUUUCAGAUAAGUUCGAGAAGUGCUGACAUAGAUGUGUGUAAUAUCUAUUACCAUUAAGAUACCAAAGGACAUUAUUACAUAGACAGAACAAUUUAUAAAACAUAGUGAAAACAAAAAUAUAAGAAGCACUUGAUUAGAUACGCGCGAAACGCAGCACCACAAAUCAAGCUUACAUAGAAUAUGUAAAGAUGGUAUACAAAAAUAGAAAUGUCAGAUUAAUGCAGAAAUGAAAAUGAAAAACACGGAAAAACGAUAAACGAACCACUGAAAAAACUGAAUCGAAUGAAUGAAACCUAGACAUUUUCGUGUCAAUGGAGAAGCAGACUAUCCUGGUAACAGCGAUGGUUUAUUGUGGUUUUGUAUGUGUAAUGGAUUACAGGAUACAUACUUUAUCUUACGUUGAUCCGAAGAUUGUUAUCCCCUUUAUUUAAAUUGAUUUAUAACAGUCUUUAUUCCUAAUAAACCGAUGUCGGUCGCUCGUUUCAAAUGAUUAUAGUUAUUGGAAAUCGUAGCACUAAAAUGCAUGAUGCAGCUACCGUUUUUGGGAGCAGUGAUAUGGAGUAACUUCGACUAUCCUGUUUGACUUUAAACAACUAACUACUUGAAUUUAUUCUUCACUUUAUGUACAGAGUUUUGGUAUUAGCUUCUACUUCCUGUUAGUGCCAUGGGCACCAAGUAGUGUUUCUGCUGAGUCGUCGUCGUCUUCAAAUAAGUUAACGCCAGUUUUCAGCUCUUUCAGUCUUUUCGAGAAGCUAAAAUAAAUUUUGCGCUUAAAUAGCUUUCGAAAAAAAAAGAAAGAUUAGGAAAUUAACGUCCACGCUUCAUAUCCGUAAAGGGCCACUGGUAGAAUCAGAACUUUAUGCAGAGCAAAUUUCGUUUCCAUCUGCCUGCAUGUUGCUGGACCUAAGCUGUUUAUAUAAACCGUUCAAAGCCCUAUUCGAAGCAGCAACAUGUUUCUUCAAUUCACUAGAAACGUUAUUGUCAUGUUACAAACGCUCCAAGGUAAACAAAUUAUUCAACAACUUCAAAUACAUCAAGAACAACCGCAGCAACAACACCAUUACGUUUACCUCUCUAUAUCUUCCUGCAACCAUGGAUUUUGUCUUGGUAGUGUAGUUAAUGGUUAAGCCUAUUCUCUUCAGUGGGACGAAAGCCUCCACCACUGCCCUGCGAUCGUUUCCAAUGAGGUCGAUGUCAUUCGCAAAGGAGCAUAUGUGACCAUGAUAGAGCCGUUCCUCUGUACGCCAGGGGCAUAUGAGGCCAUAUGACAGUUCUUAAUCCUCCCAUAUUUAUUGAAUAAUGUAGUGGAUCGAUUGAUGCAGCUGAUCACUUCCAAAUUUGAGAAGCUCAACCGGGAUCUCGCCCUUCCCAGCUGCUUAACUGUUUUUCAGCUCAUUCAGUGUCUUCUUAACCUCGUCCAGCGUUGGUAGCUCCAUAGCUUGAUCGCCAUCUACUAUGUCCAUCCUGCUCUUUAUCACACCUUCGUUUCACCGUUCAACGAUUCUUCGGAGGGUUCAAUUCACCUGGCUUGCACCAUAGGCUUAUCUGUCAGCAAAUUGCACAUAUGUAGGCACUGGCGCAGUCUUAUGCUGCGCACCAUAAACAGUCGUAUAAAACCUCCACAUAUCGAUUCUAUCCAUGCUAUCCUGUGCUUCGGCCAUUACACUCACUAUGUGCUGCCUUUUGUUUCUGCCGUGGAUUUGUUCCUCUUCUGAUCUUGCUACACUGUGCCGUUCUCUAUCGCAUGAGGUACCAGCCACUAUAGUGGCUAUGCUAUAGCAUUGAGCUUCAUAAAAAGGGGUGUACGUUAUAAGUAUUCCACGCUAUGAAAGGUCAUAAGCAACCAAAUCGCAUACAAAUAACAUACAUUGGGUUUAAACACAGGUCAUUUUAGGUUGGAGGAUAAAAAAAUGAGAUCAAUCUAAUCACUAGGAAUCAAGAUGUUGCUCCUCAAACAUGAUCAUUUUGCAUGAAAACCAGUGAGAAUGUUAUUCUUAUUUUCUCCACUGUAGAUGUGGUAUUUGAAUGCAGUGUUUAGAAAGGAAUCCAUCACUCGGAAUUCACGUUCUCCGGUUUUGGGGCACUGUAUUUCCUUAAUUGCUGCCAUGCUCAAGCCAACCUUGUUCAGCUCACGAGCCAGGGUCUCAAUACGUGCUGGUUCAUUCAAAGUUCUCACUUUCCAAGAUCAGACUUUCCUAUUAAAGUCUUUCAACUGAUACGCUUGCUCUACAUUUUCCUUUCUUGGUAUCUGUUGAAAACAUAAGUACGAUGUUGUGAGCCGCUCCUAAUAUGGACAAUAGACCCUCCAUCAGGUUUGCAUAUCCGGAGAGUAAUGAACCAGGCCCAUGCUACAAAGUCAUUUUUAGCGUAGCCAACACGAAAACCAAAUAACGCACGUCAAAACUGAAAAAGCUUAACACCAUAAAGCAUCCAAUUCCAGUUUUGAUCAAUAUGCAACUUAAUUCAGAGAUAUGCAAUAAAUAUGACUUAAGGAUUUCAUUAAUUCAAAAUUUAUUCUAUACCAGUGGUUCUCACUGGGGGUACCUUCACUGUGAAAAAGGGCGGUAAUGGCGGAUGUAUUACAAUUUGAAAUAAGAACUUUUUGACAAAGUUUUGAUACCCGCGUAUUUUAAUUUUUUUAAAUGUGAGUCUUUCCUCCACAGCCAUAACAGUAUAUGACGGGCUGUGGGAAACAGAUCAAACAGACAAAACGUCGGUUACUAAAAUCUGGAAUCUAUAUUAUUCUAAAGGUUUUAGAGGCAAAAAGGCUUUUUCCGAAAAGCUCAGAAGCUUAGCGACGAGAGGCUUGAAAACCUUCCUUUAAGCGUAUUGGAAACCUCAUUUCAAGAUGCUCGAAAGCUUGCUUUCAAGAGGCUCGGUAGUCUCUUUUCAAAGGCUCGAAAGCAUCCUUCCAAAAGGCUGGGAAGCCUCCUUCCAAGAGGCUCGAAAGUCUCUUUUCAAAAGGCUGGGAAGCCUCCUUCCAAGAGGCUCGGAAUCUUUGCUCCAAGAGGCUCGGAAGCCUCCUUUUAAUAAGCUCAUAAGCCUUUUUUCAAAAGGCUCGGAAGCACCCUUCAAGUGACUCGAAAGCCUCCUUUCAAGAAGCUCGGAAGCCUCCUUUCAAGUGGCUCGGAAUCCUUCUUUCAAGAGGCUCGGAAGCCUCCUUUCAAGAGGCUCGGAAGCCUCCUUUCAAGAAGCUCGAAAGCCUCCUUUAAAGAGGCUCGGAAGCCUCCUUUCAAGAGGCUCGGAAGCCUCCUUUCAAGAGGCUCGGAAGCCUCCUUUCAAGAGGCUCGGAAGCCUCCUUUCAAGAGGCUCGGAAGCCUCAUUCGGAAAUCUCUUUUCCAUAGACUCGUAAGCCUGCUUUCAAGGGUUCGGCAGCCUCUGUUCAAGAGGCUUGUAAGCCUCCAAUAGUCUUCAAAGUCUCAUAGGAAGCUAGAUGUAUACACUUAAUUUAAACUCAAACAAGUUUUAGACACUUUUUUGGAGAGCCUAUAUCCUAUGAGUUUUCAGAAACAUUUUUCAUAUACCUUAUGAGUUUUGUACGCAGCACUUUCCUUUCGAAAACUCCAAGUGCGCGUUGGUCCUCCACGAGCAUCGUCCAGGUCUCGUGUCCGUAGAGGACUACCGGUCUAAUGAGCGUUUUGUAGAUUGUCAGUUUGGUACGGCGGUGAACUCUAUUCGAUCGGAGCGUCUUGCGGAGUCCAAAGUACGUGAGAUUUCCAGCCACUAUGCGUCUCCGAAUUUCUCUGCUGGUAUAAUUUUUGGCAGUCACCAGUGAGCCCAAGUACACAAAUUCUUCUACCACCUCGAUUUCGUCACCACCGAUGGAAACUCGCGGUGGGUGGCUCACAUUGUCUUCUCUUGAACCUCGUCCUAUCAUGUACUUCGUCUUCGACGUGUUGAUGACUGGUCCGAUCCGCUUGGCUUCCCUUUUCAGUCUGAUGUAGGCUUCCUCCAUCUUCUCAAAGUUGCGUGCCAUAAUAUCUAUCGGCGAAGCCAAAUAGCUGGACGGACUUAUUGAAAAUUGUACCACUCGUGUUAAUCCUUGCUCUUCGUAUUAUCCCUUCCAAAGCGAUGUUGAAUAGCAGACACGAAAGACCAUCACCUGGUCGUAGCCCUCUGCGGGCUUCGAAGGGACUCGAGAAUGCCCCUGAAACUCGAACUAUGCACAUCACCCGAUCCAUCGUCGCUUUGAUCAACCAGUUUAUCCAGUGUCAGUUUAUCCGGAAAACCGUGUUCGUGCAUUAGCUGCCAUAGCUGGUCCCGAUCGAUUGUAUCAUAUGCGGCUUUGAAGUCGAUGAAAAGAUGAUGUGUGGGCACGUUGUAUUCGCGGCAUUUCUGCAGUACAUACUUGGCGAAUGGCGAACACCUGGUCUGUGGUGGAGCGUUCGCCCAAAAAGCCCGCCUUGUACUGCCUCACGAACUCCCUUGCAAUUGGUGUUAGUCGACGGCAUAACAUUUGGGAGAGUACCUUGUAGGUGGCGUUCAGCAAUGUGAACGCGCGGUAGUUGCUACAAUCCAGCUUAUCGCCCUUUUUGUAGAUGGGACACACGGCACCUUCCAUCCACUCCUGCGGCAAAACUUCCUCCUCCCAAACCUUGGUAAUGACCCAGUGCAGCGCUCUAGCCAGUGCCUCACCACCGUGUUUAAAUAGCUCUCCUGGUAGUUGGUCAACCCCAGGGGCUUUGCGGUAAACUUGUCAGACAGUCAAUUUAAAAUUAUUAUAGAGUUUUGGCACUUCCUCAGCAAACGUGUUGGGUAUUUUCGCCUACCCUACGUGGUUCAGGAAUCUUCUAACAAUGCUGCAAGUUUCAAAAACCACUGUUUUUGGAUGCUAUGAAGGUUAUGAGAUAGUUCCAGCUCUCCUGAGGAUCUCAGAAGAUAUUUUGGGACGUUUCCAGUUGCUGAAAUAACAACCGUCAUACAGGUGCCACAUCUACAUCAACUCCUCCGCCAAGGCGUACUUCGUUAUCUUGUUGGAGAAUGUUGAUUGGACAUUAUGGUCUACUAUUGUCGUAGACCACAAUAUCGGGCCAAUUGGCACGAAUGAGGACACCCGUUGUGAUCUCGCGAUCCACGUACAGCUUUAUCAAACUAUUUUCCAGAACAGGUACAGUUACAUCACAUCGCAAUUACUCGGUCCUAGAUGGCUACUCAGUUGCUCGAUGAGCAUCGAUGUGGCACUUGGGUACAGCAGAAUUGAGUUCUUGGCGGAGAUAAUGUUUUCCAGUUCUGAGUCGAACUUGGGAAAUUUUUUGCCUGUUAGUAUGAAAUUAACAUCGAGAAAUUAAAUUCCUAAUAUUUUGGAUCAUACUAAUUGAGAGGGUCAAACGCAAAGGGGUAGUAGAGCCAUUGAAGAAGAAGAAGACUUGACAACAUAUUACUACCACAGUGAUGUAAGAAACACGGUUGUGUCGAACGAUCUAUCAAAAUUUUGAUUCAAACACACACAAUUAUUUUUGUGUGGCUACGUAUUCAAAAUAUAAAAGAACGAAAUGAAAGUAGAAACAGAAAAAUUAUGAAAAUUCUGCUGAACUUAUUUUUACUUUAUGCUAUUUUUAAUUUUAAUUAUUUAAAAACAAUCUGUAGUACGGAAGGAUUUCAGAAAUGAUUGAAAUGAUAAUGAAUUAAUGAGCGAGGAACGAAUGCCAUCAAACAGAAACAUCUCAUAUACUCAAAAUGUAAAGAAUUUAAAAUGCAAACAAAAUAAAAUAUGCAACAAAUAAGAUGAAUAUAUACAAUUCCAGCUGAACUCACGAUAGACCAGAACAACGUCAGCCUAUCUAAAAGAGAAUAAACAGAAUAACAAAUUACGAAACACUUUUGCAUGUACGUACUCCUCCGUAGAAAAGAUGUAUCUUUUUAAGCAUAUAU